AUGACGGAUACUCCAGACCUUCAUUUGACUCCAAAUAGCUUUAAGCCGUCACAUCCAUCAAUGUUCCACAGAAUAUUUAGCGCUGUAUUUGACCAACCUUUCAAUGUGAUUGAGCCGUACUACCUUAGAAAUUUGAUCUUUGAGAAGAACUUUGACCUCUAUAUUUUCGAUUGUAGGUACAAUUACGAGUAUAAUGGGGGUCAUAUUUACUCUGCUGUGCCUUGCCCUUCUCUCUCACAAAUUAUUGAAAUGUUUUUUGGAAAGAAGAAGGAAAACGUUAUCAUUGUAUUCCACUGCGAAUUCUCUCAGAAGAGAGCCCCCGAACUCUGGAUGAAAUUUAGAGAUUUAGAUCGAUCUGUUAAUAAGGAACAUUACCCAGAGCUUUGGUACCCAGAUAUAUAUGUUCUUAAUGGUGGGUAUAGGCUUUUCAGAGAGAUCUACCCUGAGUGUUGUGGUGGAUAUGUCAAAAUGGAAGACAGGCCACUUGGUUCUUCUCCGAACACGAAAGCAAAAAUCAGCUACUGCAAACGGUCCACAGACAGAGAACACGGGUGGGAUGAUUCUCCUCUCCUCCCUCACAAACGUUAA